ACGCUUAGUGUACACACAUGACCCAAUGAGCUGAGACAACUCGCCCAAGGACCCACACUUUUAGCACGUUUUCUUCCCCUUUCCUCCUGUUUUUGUCAAGCCCAUGGAUCACAGGUGCCGGAAGAGAGUGAGAGAAGCCAAAAAGAAAGCGAGACCAGAAUUAUGUUUAGAAAAGGGCGUGUGGACAAAACAUGACUACAAGAACAAGUUUGACUGCUCUAUAGACAUUGUUCCAGAUACAGUAGAACGCAUUCACGCAAAUGAAGUCCCAACUGAAGAGUUCAUUGAGCGAUUUGAGAAGCCCUACAAACCAGUUGUUAUUAAAGGGGUCACGGACAACUGGAAGGCACGAUAUAAGUGGACCUUAGAGAGGUUAUACAAGAAGUACAGGAAUCAGAAGUUUAAGUGUGGAGAAGAUAAUGAAGGCUACAGUGUAAAGAUGAAGAUGAAGUAUUACAUUGAAUAUAUGAAGACAACAGAUGAUGAUAGUCCACUCUAUAUAUUUGAUAGCAGUUUUGGUGAGCACGUCCGUCGUAAAAAGCUUCUAGAAGAUUAUGAUGUGCCAAAAUAUUUUCGAGAUGAUUUAUUUAAGUACUCCGGUGAAGAUAGACGCCCCCCUUACCGCUGGUUUGUCAUGGGUCCUGCUCGUUCAGGGACAGGCAUUCACAUAGAUCCUUUAGGAACUAGUGCAUGGAAUACGCUUCUCCGUGGUCACAAAAGAUGGUGCAUGUUCCCCACAGAUACUCCCAAGGAGCUUAUUAAGGUGACUUCUGCAGAGGGAGGGAAGCAAGUAGAUGAAGCUAUAACAUGGUUCUCCAUUAUUUAUCCCCGUACGAAACUUCCAAGUUGGCCAGAGAAAUUUAAGCCGCUGGAGUUGGUGCAGCAUCCUGGUGAAACAGUAUUUGUGCCUGGAGGAUGGUGGCAUGUUGUCAUCAACCUUGACAACACAAUUGCCAUCACUCAGAACUUUGCUUCAUGCACAAACUUCCCUGUUGUGUGGCACAAGACUGUGCGGGGCCGUCCAAAGCUUUCCAAAAAGUGGCUUCGAGUCUUAAGGGAGAAGAAGCCAGACCUAGCAGUUGUUGCAGAUUCAAUUGAUAUGAGCAAAAGCUGUGGAAUGGCAUCUGACUCCUCAUCAGAUUCCUCUUCAUCGUCUUCCUCAUCUUCUGAUGAAUCAUCGUCCUCUGAGAGCGUUUCAGACAGUGGCCAGGAGAGCUUACCAGAACAUAAAAAGAAGAGGAGGAAGACACACAACUCUCCUCCAAGGUCUUGAGGAAGCCAGUCCAGCAGCACUCUUGAAGACGGUGCUGCUGCUUCCGACUCUCCACUCCCCUUUAUCCUUCCAACACCACCACCAAGGAAUGUUUCUCCAGCUUGUGUCAUGUCUGCUUGUAAUGCACAUUGGUUCUCACCUCGCAUUCUAGGCAUACAACAAAGACAUUGAUACGAUGAAUUCUCAGAGAGCAUGUAGGAUAUACAUAUAUAUUUAUAUUACUGUCCACAUUUUUUACUUUUUUAUUGUAUUACCCCAGAGCUUAUAUACCAUCGGAAUAACGUAUACUAUGUAUUUGGUGAAAACUUUUAAGUGGAAGUAUUAGAUGAUGAUAAUACAUGUAACAGAAAAAAAGGGUAAAAAUAUUUCCUGAAACACAGGAUGAUAGAUCAGAUGUUUUGAUUUAUAUAUCUUGGUUGCUUAUGUCAGCAAAAGAAAUAAAUCAUAAAAAAAAUAAUAAAAUGAACAAAAUGACAAAAAAAAUACCCCUCAAGGUAUCAGUUCCAGAUAGUAGACAUAGACCAGUGAUAUUUUUAUUACUAUUAUUAUUAUCAUUAUUAUAAUUUGUAUUCAAUUUCAUUAAUAUUUUGCAUUUUGGUUUUAAAAUAAUAUAAUUUAUUAAUUUAUUUUUUGUUGAAUUUUGCCAAUGAAUGUGUCUCCGGCAAUCUAUAUAUGAAGUCAUUUUCUGUCACUAUGGUGAACCUAACUGCAUUGUUAUAUAAUGAUUAAAUUACCUAGUUUUACCCUUUAAUGAAUUAUAUGAUUAUUAAAUUUGGUGCUCCUUGUAAACUUGUAUUAGCACAUUCACAGUUGUCAGAUAAACAAAUAUUCAGAAAGGUUUGUGUUUAGAGUUUACCCUCUUUAGUAAAAUGUCGAAAAUAUGAUUGUAUUCAAUUGCAGUAUAAGCAAAGAUAAAAAAAAUGGUAGCCAAAGACAGAUUGGUGCAGGACAUUAUACAUUGCAAUUGCAAUAGCGCCUUUGUCUGAAGUUGUUGGUGCUGUUCAGGCCGGGAUCCAGCCAAGGAAAUUUUGUGCAAAAAUAAAAUGCAUACUACA